AUGGCCAGCGGCAAUGAGAACGGGUUGAUGCGGAUAUUCUGGCCGCUUGACUUUCCGCGCCGCAGCGAGCCGGGGGUGCUGGUGGGAUGGCGCAACUCAGAACAUGAUGUGUUUGUCGUGGACGUGCUAAAUGGCGUCGAUAGCAGACGAAUUGGCCGCGACCUCACCUCGACGAAUCUCUACCGCAAGUCCCCUCACUCCGCCACCCGUCUCUUUGAGCUCUGCGGUCAGAGCGCCCUUCAUGUCCUCGGAAAUGUCAACGAGCCUGCAGCAUCAGCGCAGAAAUUCGGCCCAUCGCAUAUUUACGCCUAUACGCAAAAGUCUAGCCGCUACCCGCGCAUUCACUGCCCGCCGUCCAGCGGCAUCGCAAUCCAAGUGAUCUUGUUCGAGCGCCCUCAUCCGCACCGUAUGCAGUACCUCUCUCUACGGCCCAUAUCACUGGCGCUCGAAGAUCGCGCUGAGGACAUGGAGGGAGAGGCCGACGAAACGGGGGAGCGGCUGCGCCGCGAGGAACUGGUACAGAAGUUGCGCCUGCACUCAGUGAAGAGACCGCAACCGACAGAGAAGGAGCGGAGUUUGCAGAUGAUUGUGGACCAGGUCAAUUGCUCGCAUGAGAUGCGGGUGCUGCUGAAGGAGAAUAUCAGUCUCUUGAUUGGUAGGAGGAAUAGGAGGGCGCUGAGCGUGAGCGAGAGGGUGGUGGAAGGGGCAACAGGCUUGUGGAAGGGCUUUUUGGAUGCGCUCAUGAGGGCGGUCUGGGUCAUGUGGCCGCUGGUGACGAAUUGUUUUGUUGUGUUGAUUGUGGUAUGGAGGUUGGUCGCAGAGACCAUAUUGAAGGUAUUGGAGUGGAGGCUGAGGCCGGAGCUGGCGGCGCUCAAGGAUAUCUCGGCGACUGCGCAGCAAUUUGAUAUACGUUUGCAGCAGUUCUGCUAUUGGCCCAUACAGUACGUGACGCUCCGACGGCGGAAAAAAGACUGGGAGAGCGUCACCAGUUCGCACCCGGAUUAUAUCCGAUUUUAUAAUAGUCUUUGGCUAGUCGCCAAUGAUGUAAUCAUCGGGAUUGCUUUAGGGUCCUACAUCAUAGAGAACGCCCACAUCGUAGCCCACCAGAUUGAUUCCCAUCUUCAUGCCUACACCGUUGAGGGCAUGAAGGGCAUGAUCUCCUGGCUUAUGAACCUCCCCGGUGGUCUCAAACUCAAUCAAGAGCUCGGAUCCUUCCUCGGCGAUCUGUUCCUCUGGGUAAUUGACUACUGGGCCGACACCAUGACUAGUAUCCGCCCACACCUCCCACGCGUUAUAUACGCCAUCGGCUUCUCAUCCUUUGCUGGCGCUUCCAUGCCCAUAGCCCUAUUCUCCGAUCUACUCUCUAUAUUAACACUGCAUAUAUACUCCUUCUACAUCGCAUCAGCACGUAUCUACAACUGGCAGCUGUCCAUCAUCAUAUCACUAUUCCACCUCUUCCGCGGCAAGAAAAGGAACGUGCUGCGCAACCGAAUUGAUAGCUGCGACUACGAUCUCGACCAGCUACUGAUCGGGACGAUACUCUUCACACUACUGAUAUUCCUGUUGCCAACAGUGCUAGUCUUCUAUCUCACGUUUGCAAGCGCGCGAAUGGCCAUUAUAAUGCUUAAAGCAACGCUAGAAACGCUUCUGGCAUGCCUAAACCACUUCCCGCUCUUCGCACUCAUGCUGCGCGUCAAAGACUCCAAGCGCCUCCCCGGUGGCAUCCGCUUCGAGCUCAAGAACACGCGCGCCAUCGUCGCCGCAUUCGACAAUUCUGAUACUGCCCCGUCCAUAUCCUAUAUCCACCUCAAAUCCACACCCCUCCCCUUCCGCGCAAUGUUCCACCAAUACUUCCAGCUCGGCCAGCGGAUACGGGGACACUACGUCUCCCCGCACGUCAUCCUCUGCCUCAUGACCGGCCAGUCCGUUCCCCCCAUCCACCGCCGAAAUUUAUAUAGCAUGCAGUACAGCAUGUUACCGACGAAGCGGGCUGGGCCAUGGGAGCUGUGGGGCAGGCUGGUGGAGGGGAAGUGA